AUGGAGGAUGAUUUUAAACCAUUAGUGGAGCAUCAAAGGUGGUUGAAUCCGAAUAUAAAAGAAGUGGUAAGAGCUGAGAUGAUAAAGUGGCUUGAUGUGGGUAUUAUUUAUCCAAUUUCAAAUAGUGCAUGGGUGAGCUUUGUUCAAGUGGUGCUAAAGAAAGAAAGUUUCACGGUUGUAGAAAAUGAGAAUAAUGAACUUAUACCUACAAGACCCUUGACCAGUUGGAGUGUAUGUAUUGACUAUCGCAAGCUUAACAAGAUUACUAUGAUGAAUCAUUUUCCUCUUCCUUUCAUUAAUCAAAUGCUUCAACGGUCAAUGGGGCAUUCUAAUUAUUGCUUUUUGGAUGGGUAUUUGGGCUAUAAUCAAAUUCCACUAGCUCUGUAG